CUGGGCUGUAAUUUCUGUAUAAAAAAGGGCGGUGAGAGUUGGUGUUAGAGGCAUCACAGCACUUCCAGAAUAAUAAAAUCUUUUAUCAGCCAAUGGCCAAUGCCAUCAUGCAUUCAACUAUGCUUCUUCUGCUUUCUGGGUUGCUGUUGGCUAUCUUCAAAACCGCAGAUGCCCAAGUUGGUGUUUGUUAUGGAAUGAUGGGAAAUAACUUGCCGCCACCAUCCGAAGUAAUCGAUAUUUACAGAAGAAAAGGCAUCCAACAAUCGCGACUCUACGCUCCCAACGAAGCUGCCCUACUAUCCCUCGCAGGUACCAACAUCAAGCUGCUAUUAGAUGUUUCGAAUCCUAGACUCGAAUUCCUUGCAGCUAGUCAAGCCAAUGCUGAUCGAUGGGUUCAAGAUAACGUCAGGCGAUUCAGCAACGUUAAUUUUCGAUACAUCGCUGUCGGGAACGAAGUAAAGCCAUGGGAUCCAUUUGCUCGGUUCCUUUUCCCAGCAAUGCAGAACGUUCAUAAAGCAAUAGUUAACGCAGGCUUAGGGAACCGAAUCAAAGUUUCUACGGCUACGUUUUUCGGUGCUAUGGAAGUAUCUUUCCCUCCGUCUCAAGGCAAACUUCGUGGCGAUUACCAACAACUUCUCGGUCCAGUCAUAAACUUCUUGAGGAACAACAGAGCUCCAUUACUUGUUAAUAUAUAUCCCUACUUUAGCCACAUGGAAAAUCCAAGAGAUGUUCGUCUAGACUAUGCUCUCUUUACGGCACCAUCUGUCGUUGUGACAGAUGGUCCAUAUCGGUACCAGAACCUUUUCGACGCGAUGUUGGAUGCAUUUUACGCUGCCUUGGAGAGGGCUGGUGGGGGAAGUUUGGACAUUGUUGUUUCGGAAAGUGGGUGGCCGUCGGCCGGUGGAACGGCUACCAGUGUUAAUAAUGCGAGGACUUACAAUACGAAUUUGGUUCGACAUGUGAAUCAGCGCAAGGGGACUCCGAGGAAACCUGGAAAAGCAAUAGAAGUUUACUUGUUUGCGAUGUUUGAUGAGAAUAAUAAAGAACCGGCAUAUGAGAAACAUUGGGGGCUGUUUUUCCCAAACAAACAGGAGAAAUACCCAAUUAGUUUCAAUUAAAAGGGGUAAGGCCAUUUUCUUAUGAAAGCCAAGGUAGAGGCAAUAAAUGUGGUCUGAUUAUUGUAAUUCCAGAGCUCAGCUCUUUGCGAGUGAAAUAAAAUGGGUUUCUCAUAGUUAUAAAAA